AUGGCUACUCGUCCUGAACUAUUUACUCAGCAAAUAAUUUUGUCGAAUGGAGCUACUUACACGAUGCGCACAACCUCUCCAAAAUCUCUAAUUAAAUUAAUUAAGGAUACUCGCAAUCAUCCACUUUGGAACCCUACGACACAAUCUGAUUCUUUGGAUGAUGAAAGUGGUCAAUUGUCGAAAUUUACUAAAAAAUUUGGAAACGAAGAGUUCGAUCUGGAUUUGAUGUCAACAGAUGAAGAUGAGUCCUUAUCUAUGAGCUCUAAUGAAGAUGUGGGUGAAAAAAAUAAAAAAAAAUGA